CCAUAUAUUGUUUAUAUUAAUCUUUUAUUGCUUAGCCAGCUUAGGAUAUCAGUAGGGGGUAUUCCCAGGAGAUUUCUUUGUAUUUCUUGUGUUUUCCUGGUGAGUCAGCUUUGGCUUUCUUGGAAUAUUAUAAUCAAAUUCAGAUAAGCUAUUUUGUGAUUUGACAAAAAAAUGGUGGAGGAGAAGGGUACAAUUGCCAAAGAUGUUACUGAAUUGAUAGGUAAAACACCGUUGGUGUAUCUCAACCGUAUUGUGGAUGGUUGUGUUGCUCGAAUUGCUGCCAAACUGGAGAUGAUGGAACCCUGCUCUAGCGUUAAAGAUAGGAUCGGAUAUAGUAUGAUUGCAGAUGCAGAGGAGAAUGGUCUCAUUACACCUGGAGAGAGUGUUCUGAUUGAGCCUACCAGUGGUAAUACUGGCAUAGGGUUGGCGUUCAUGGCUGCUGCCAAGGGUUACAAACUUAUAAUUACAAUGCCAUCUUCAAUGAGUCUGGAGAGAAGAAUGGUUCUCCGAGGUUUUGGAGCUGAGCUUGUUCUCACUGAUCCAGCCAGGGGUAUGAAAGGGGCUGUUGAGAAGGCAGAAGAGAUACGGGACAAGACACCCAAUUCCUUUAUUCUUCAGCAAUUUGAAAACCCUGCCAACCCGAAGAUCCACUAUGAGACUACUGGGCCAGAGAUCUGGAAAGGGACAGGUGGGAAAGUUGAUGCCCUUGUUUCUGGUAUCGGGACUGGCGGUACAGUCACAGGUGCUGGAAGGUAUCUUAAAGAGCAGAAUCCUGAUGUAAAGCUCUAUGGUGUAGAACCAGUUGAAAGUGCUAUAUUGUCUGGAGGAAAGCCAGGUUCUCAUAAGAUUCAAGGAAUCGGUGCUGGCUUUAUCCCUGGAGUUUUGGAUGUGAACAUACUUGAUGAAGUUGUUCAAAUAUCGAGUGACGAAGCAGUUGAAACUGCAAAGCAACUAGCACUGAAUGAAGGACUGUUGGUUGGGAUAUCAUCUGGUGCCGCCGCUGCUGCUGCAAUUAAAAUAGCAGAGAGGCCAGAAAACGCUGGGAAACUCAUUGUGGUUGUUUUCCCGAGCUUUGGAGAGCGUUACCUCUCAUCUGUGCUGUUUGAUUCGAUCAAAAAGGAGGCAGAAAGAAUGAUAUUUGAGCCAUGAAGCAUUUCCCACCUCCAGAAGGUGCAGAAUCUGUAGUUUGAUGCUGAUGGGGGGUUCCAAAGAAUGAAGCAGAGGAGGCAUUCCAAGUUAUAGUUUUAUUUGGUUGGGAUGUUUUGGCUACGCCAUGUUGCAUGAAUAAAUAGUAAGAAAGAACCCUUGAGGCUUCACAGCUUGUGUAAAAAUCUUUCAUAACCGUGGAAUCCUAUGUUGCUGUCAAAUUUGAAUGAAGAAUGGCAUGUGAUAUUCUAGAAAAAUGGUUCACUGCUCUCUUUCAACA